AUGGUGAUGGGAGCCAAAUUGACCACAACGACGCUAUUUGUUUUUCUGGGCACCAUAUUGAUGCAUCAAGAACAAUGUGGCAAUGUAGAAGCCUUCAGAUUAAACGGCAUUAGGGCCAGUUAUCGCAAAUUAGACAACAUCCCGCCAAAGUCAGCUGUAGGUCUAGGGUGCCAAGGUACCGGUGAAUCGCGAGGUGAAGGACGUAAUCAUGGCCAAAAGAAACAUCUGGAUUUUAACAACUUCAGCGAUAAUGCUGUAAAAGUCCUUAUGCUCUCGCAAGAGGAAGCUCGUAAAGAAGCACAACAACAAAUUACGGCAAAACAUAUAUUCCAAGGUCUAGUAUGCUUAGAUGCUGGUGUAGCUGGUCACAUACUGCGCGAAUAUGACGUGACUCUCAAAAAAGUACGAGAAGCUGCAAAGGCACUACGAGAGGAACGACCAGACGCCGAAAACGGGGAUAAAUUGCCUUUGACAUUCUCUUCAGAAGCCAAAGAAGUGCUGAAGAUGUCAUAUGUGGAGGCAGAACGUUUGGGACAUAGCACAAUUGAGACGGAGCACAUUUUGUUAAGUGUUAUCCGUAGCAACAGUCAUGAAAUGUCCCAAUUGCUAGAUUAUUUGUGCAUAAACACUGAUGAUAUGAGGGCUCGGAUACUUAAAUAUGUUGCUGAGAAUAAGGAGCAACGUUAUGAAGAACCACAGCAAGACACAUGGAAACAGGCACUAAGUCAGUACUCCUAUAUACCAGCACCUGGCCGUGCGGAGGAUCUCCUGAAAGAUGUAUAUCCAGGGUCACCCCUCAAUGCUUUUACGGUUGACCUUACGGAGAAGGCAGAGGAAGGUAAACUACAGAAGGUGUUAUGUAGAGAUAGCGAGAUUGAUAGGGCUAUAAGGACACUUUGCAGGAGACAUAAACGCAACCCAAUACUAAUAGGUGAACCUGGUGUUGGUAAAACUGCUGUUGUGGAGGGUGUAGCAAUGCAACUGCUGGAGGGGAAUGUGAUGCCUAGCAUGAGGAGGAAAAGGAUCAGGCAACUUGAUGUUGGUCUUUUAGUGGCUGGAGCAAGGUUCCGAGGUCAAUUCGAGGAGCGUCUGACAAAACUGAUUGAAGAAGUGAAAGCUAUGAAAGAUGUUAUCUUGGUAAUAGACGAGGCUCAUAUGUUAGUAGGCGCUGGUGCUGGUGAGGGAGCGCUAGAUGCUGCUAAUUUGCUGAAACCGUCUCUUGCACGUGGAGAACUACAGUGUAUUGCAAUUACGACCCCGAAGGAAUAUCGGAAACACUUCGAAAAGGAUGCGGCGUUAUCACGAAGGUUCCAACCUAUACAUGUAAAUGAGCCUAGCGAUGAAGAUACGAAGAAAAUACUGCAAUCCACCACUAAGGCCUGUGAGAGGUACCAUAGGGUGAAGUAUGAUGCAGACGCUGUAAUGGCAGCGUUGAAGUAUUCCAAACAAUUCAUCCCAGAUAGGUUUCUGCCUGACAAGGCUAUCGAUAUCCUUGAUGAGGCUGGUUCAUUGGCUAAAAUACGUUUCUACCAGCAGACCGCAACCCAUCCAGAUAAGGAGGGAUCUACUGGUGUUGAGGGGGUGUCCGUAGAUACCUCGUCGGAAGCUCCAGAGCCAAUUUUGAAGGGUGAAGAUGCAUCCGACCCUGAAGUGAUUGGAACUGAUGAAGACCCGCUAUGCGAGGUGAGCCCCGAGCAUGUGGCCGAGGUGGUAUCUACAUGGACUGGUAUACCGUUGCAGAAGCUAAGUCAGGGAGAGAUGGAGGCGAUUCGUAAUAUGGAGACAGAGCUCCAUAAAACUGUAAUCGGUCAUGAAGAGGCUGUGGAGCAUAUCUGCAAAUCUAUUCGUCGUGCUAAAACUAAUAUUAAAAAUCCAGAACGACCGAUAGGUAGUUUCUUGUUCUGUGGUCCGCCCGGUGUAGGGAAGUCUGAGAUAGCGAGGGCUCUGACGAAGUUGUUGUUUGCAAAAGAGAAUUUCAUUAAGCUUGAUAUGUCGGAAUAUAAUGAGCCACAUAGUAUCAGCAGGUUACUCGGGAGCCCACCGGGUUACAAGGGCCAUGACUCCGGAGGUCAACUUACUGAGAAGUUACGUAAAAACCCAUAUUCUGUGGUUAUGUUUGACGAGAUUGAGAAGGCGCAUAGUGAUGUGUUGAAUGUGUUGUUACAGAUUUUGGAGGACGGUAAACUGACGGAUUCCAAGAAUCAGACGGUUUCUUUCAAAAAUGCUGUCAUCAUCAUGACGAGUAACAUAGGAUCGAACCUCAUAGAGAGGGCUUCGCGCGGCAUACACUCUUUUGGGUUUAACAUUGAAUCUAAAUCUUCUAGUGACUCUGAAGGCUACUCCAAAGUGAAGGCUCAGGUGUCUGAGGAGUUGAAAUCUCUUUUCAAACCGGAACUGAUAGACAGGAUCGAUGAUAUAAUUCUGUUUAGGCCGCUGACUGACGUUCAACUAGGUGAAAUAGCGCGCCUUAUGAUGAACGAUACUAUAUUGAGGGCGAAUGAGUCUGGCAUCGACGUGGUUGUUGAUGACUCCUUCGUUGAGUUUUUGCUGAAGCUCCCUCGUGACACCAAGGGAGGGGCACGGCCGCUCAGACGAUUGAUUACAAGUGAGUUGGAAGAUCGUUUGGCUGAUUUUGUGCUAUCACCUGAGUACGUGCCUGGUAGACGGUACCGGGUACGAGUUGACGAUCGCGCGCAAGUUGUGAUAACGGCGGAUGACACAGCGCGUAGCGAAGUGGACUUGGUGGAAGAUCUUUUUGUAACGCCUAUAUUAAAGGCGCAAGGCAACGAGAAUGGUACGUUGUCUGUAGUACACACUCUUAACGAAAGUGGAGUAUACAAGAUGUCUAAUGGUGGAAAUGGUUUGGGUGAGCUUCUUAUGCUCGUAGGUGACUUGCACGUCCCUCAACGUGCGAUUGAUUUGCCUCAAUGUUUCCGCGAGCUUCUAAACACCGAUAAAAUCAAGCAAGUGCUCUGUACCGGGAAUGUAGGAUCGCAGGAUAUGUUGGAUCUUCUCUUGGGAAUAUCACCAAAUCUACACAUUGUUAAGGGUGAUUUCGACCAUAAUACAACAUAUCCCGAGGAAAUAAUCGUCAAUGUUGGUAAUUUCAAAAUCGGUCUUAUAAAUGGCUAUCAACUUGCCUCUUGGGGAGACAAAGAUGCUGUCUAUGAAUAUGCAAAACGCAUGGGUGUAGAUGUCCUAGUGUAUGGCCACAGCCAUAUAAGUGACGUAUCCAAGAUAUCUGGGAAGAUACUAGUUAACCCUGGAUCCGCAACGGGAGCUUUUCAACCAUGGGCACCAAACGCUAUACCUACUUUCAUGCUCAUGGCAGUCCAGGGAUCAAAGAUCGUUAUAUACGUAUACGAGGAACACGAAGGUCAGGCUAAUGUGGUCAUGAGUGAAGUAGAUCAAGACCAAGAUGAUGUGACGCCAUCUAGUUCACAUGUAUCGGCUAAUGCACUUCUGACUGCCAAAAGAACCGCAUUCUAG